GUUCGCUGUAUUGUGUUGUGUUGCUUUGUUCGGUACUGAAUAGUUGUAAUAUGUAUUGCAUAGUGUUAGCAAACCUUUCAUAGUUUCACGAUAUAACUACAUACAUUCAUAAGAUUUGUGUUUGAGGGAUGUCAGCGAACCGUUGAGGAGAAAUCAGGGCCGAUUAAAAGGGAUCUCUAAAGCAUGUCCAGUAUGUCUGGUUACGUACAAUUCAACCAGCAAGCCUCGUUACCCGGUAUAUUGGGUUUCAUUCAGAACCAGAUGGGUACCGACCAAGAAGAGCACAGGUUUAACCCUCCAACCGGAGGGAGCUUCGCUGCAUUCUACGAGUCUUCUGAAGAGUUCAAAAUAACAGACCCAUCAGCAGUCAGAUCAGAGAGUUCAGAGGAUAUCUUCGAGUCUUAUCGACCUUCGGGAGAUGCUGAUGGUGAGACAGUGGUGAAUGAUCAUGUUAGAACUAGGAAGGAACAGAUCAGGCUUCAAGACGGGCGGUAUGAUGCACACAGGAAAGCGAGCAAGAUUCAAGAAGGCUACGGGUUGGCUGAGGUCCCACUACGGGUGCCGCGAGAUGCUCAGACAGAAAAGCGAUGCCAGAUGUUUUCAGUGUUCGUGACUCUGAUAUCUUUACUAGCGAUAUUCUUCUUCGCCAUGACCAAGCCAGUUUGGACAACCACUCGGUUCUUAGAAGAUGAUGCAUUACAAGCAGACCAUUACAAAGGGUUGUGUGAUAUUAGUGGUGUAAUACCGCUAGAGGGUACUGCAGAGUGCAAUUCCAUCAGAUCCAGAGAAAACACCCAGGUGUACUGCAAGAUCACAUGCACACACGGUUUAAACGAGGGGGCAGUAGACAGUAACUUCAUACUUAACGGUGACGGUCUAUCUUUUAACCUAACCUGUGAUAAGAGCAUUUCGGAGUGGACUUACGACGUCAACAAGAUCUGUCUAUCAGAGCCCACAGAGUGAAGCCAACUCCGUAUACUAGAUGCAGCGUCACUUCGCUCCUUCAUUCGUUUCAACUGCCAGCAUUUUAUACAUCGGCUAACGGCUGGACCUAAUAAUUGAUAUGGGAUAAGAAGUAUCAUCGUUUUCUAUAUUGUUUUUAAUAUGAAGUACUGUUGUCAAGUGGCAGCUAGGUAACUUGACUCACGGAGAGUUUGAUACAUGUGACGAUCAGUUCCAUGUCACCGCAGUGACACCGCAGUGACACCGCAGUGACACCGCAGUGACACCGCAGUGACACCGCAGUGACACCGCAGUGACACCGCAGUGACACCGCAGUGACACCGCAGUGACACCGCAGUGACACCGCAGUGACACCGCAGUGACACCGCAGUGACACCGCAGUGACACCGCAGUGACACCGCAGUGACACUGCAGGAACAUACAAAUUAAUUUAUUUGGUUGACCCCGACAGAUCAUCAAUUUAUAGACCUUGAGCUUUUAUUUUAAGAUUUUGUUAAUCCGAAUAAAUUUGGGUGAGAUUAAUGAUGAUCAUUGUUUCAGAAUAAGUAGCUUAGCCAUAAUUAAUUAAAAAUUCCGACCACAAUUUAAUUGUGGUAAACGGCAUUUUAGGAAAAAUAUAAGGGAAAAAUUAAACACUGCGCUUUUAUCGGAUCUGAGAUUAAAUUUGACGUUAAAUACGUAUCACUUUAACUAUAUAUGUUAAUAUUUCCGGAUAAAACACCGUCUGUUCGACAUAUCCGAAUAGUUUUUAAAGAUAAAAUGUCAAUUAUUGUAGAUUUGGUAGGGUCAUCAUGAACUAUCUCUCUAGAAUGGGGUUUAGUUGAAGUUUUAAUUUAUAUGUAAGUAAUAUUAAUUAGGAGAAAAGGAAGAAUUGUGUUAAAUUAUAGCUAAUGUUUUAUAUUUUUACCAACGUGAUUAUAAUUUAUACUUGAAAUUAUAAUGAAUGAUAUUAUAAUCAUAUUUUACAAUAAUUAAUUCACACA